UCCCUCGCUAUCGUCGAGUAAUUUAAGAUGGAAAACAAUAUGAAGAAAAGCCGGCUGCUCCAUGGUUAUCGCGGUUCCGGGAUGACUUGCCUCUUUACUUUAUCUCCUAUCUAAAGAUAUCGGCUCUCUAGAGCACUCACCCAACUGUCGCACGGGAUAUUCUGCUCCUUAGGAUUUUUAACAAUCCAGUCAAUAUCCAGAGAGGCAUCUUUUACCUUGGAUAAUAAUACUUGAUAGAAUCCAUGAGGCAAGGAUUCCCUAUUGAAAGAGACACAGCCACGAGAUGACUUCAGUUACCAGAAGAAGAGGGACAGCCGCAGCGCAACGCAGUCGGUCUAUGGGAGGAUGCUCCACCUGUCGCGAGCGACACAACAAGUGUGACGAGACGCGGCCUCGCUGUCAAGUUUGUGAACGUCUUGGUCUGGAAUGUGCUGGCUAUGACGCCCGCAUUUCCUUCAUCUUCGAGGGCUGCGAAUCCACUGCCGACUGCAUCAAGGAUACUGCGCACAAUGGCCCUCUUUUUCGCCGACCCCUCUACACCGAGCUGGGGCGGCAAUCGAUGAGCGAGCAACUCAUUCUGUCUUGCCCGCGGACUGUUAACGAAAUCCUCUCGCUGUUGGACUUUGAAGGAUUCGAACGCGACGAGCCAGCUCCACGAGAUAUCGACAUCGUUCAAGGACCAUUCGGUGUCUUCAGUCUGGAAAACUCGGCGUCUCAUGCGGUUGACCCGGCUUCCUCUGACACACCCUCAAGCUCAAUGACCCCGGUUGCCCCAAUUGAUCCCUUUGCGGCGCAAAUCAUAGAGACAGCUGUUUUCUUGGACCGUAAUGAGUUUCUCGGAGAUGGCGUUGAUCUCGAGAGUGAUAAGGACUUCUCUUACGAGGAAUUGUCUUCCCCAUUAGACCUAUUAUGCGACCAUCAAGCUGAUCAGGCGAUGCUUACAUCCGAAAUCGAUCUUGGGAAUGGGGAUAUCUGGCCGAACGAGGCGUUUACGCCGUCAUUACCUAUGUCCUCUAUCAGUCUUGUGCCUCCCGAUGCUACGUUCCUACUGUCCCACUACCGCGAUGUCGUCAUCAACUUCUUGUCGCCACUGCAGUAUAGAAAAAGUCCGUGGCAAACCAUGUUUCUUCCGAGUGCCAUGAAUACUCUUGCUACUCUAACUCUGGGUAAAUCUCCUAACAAUGCUAGCUUUUGCAUUUUCAGUGCUAUCCUUGCUACCAGUGCAUCCCAUUUGGGAAACACUGUAUUCGCAGCUGCAAACCAAUAUUGGAAUAACAGAUCAGAACGUUACUUCAGCAUUGCCCAGCAGAGUCUGAAGCUGGCAUUGAAAGACGAAGCCCAAAAGUCCCCACCAAAAAAAGCAAAAUAUAAGGAGAUACUGAUGACUCUGCUAUCCAUGACAACCGCUUCCAUAUUUAGCGGUCUCUGGAAGCACACUAGGUGCUACCUCCUUGAUGCUGAGAAACUCAUUCGUCAGCGAGGACUCCCAAAGCGACACAAGUCUCGCAAAGUCAGACUCUUGCACCACUGCUAUGCUUACAUGCGAGUGAUGCACGAGACGACGGUUUUUGCUUCCGCUGAGCAAGAGAUUGAGUCUUCACAACCGUCAGAGCGAUGCGUAGACAAGUCUCCUUUACGAGUUCAGAAAUGGGAUGGUCGAUUGGACCAAAGGCUUCUGAUGAAUAAGGAAUCUGACCUUGGAGAAAACGAUCUUCUCCUAGCCGUUCCUGGUCGAUGGGAUUCGACGUUAUACCCGUCUAUGUACGGCCUUCCUGAGUCUUUCCUGGUGAUGCUAUCCGAGACAUUGAGACUCGCAAAUGAGAGGAUCACCCUACAACGAACUCCCAACGAUAGUAAACUGACAUGGAAACAAUAUCUAUUCCGGGCCAAGAUCCUGGAGAAAUGCGUCUGCAGUUGGGAACCGACAGUGCCCGGCUAUCCUGAACCCAAUAAUACCUCUAUAUCCGAUGCAUUGGGAGCUUUAAAUCACCGACUGGUCGAUUGUAUGCUUCAUGCGAUGCACCAGGCACUGAUUAUUUACUUCUAUCGCAUAAUUCACGAUAUUGAUCCAUUUAUACUACAAGACCGUGUUGCGGAAGCGCUCGAGUACUUGCUUGAGUGGGAACAACUCAAAGAGGACGCAAGAGAGUGUGCGGCCCCUUUCGCAUGGACAGGCUUUAUAGUUGCGUGCGAAGCACUAGAUCAGGCAACCCAGGAAAAGUUCUCGGCCUGGUUUAGCACCUGUGCCAAACGGAGUGGGAUCAAGACAUUCCACGUCGCUCAUCAGAUUGCACAGCAAAUCUGGACCAGAAGACAAGAGGCAAGUGCGGCUAAUGUGAGCUGGCCUGAGCUGAUCGAGCAAAAGUCGCCACUAUAUUUUAUCUGAGUUACAGAGCCUUAGUGAAUUACAUCAUUCAAUGGCCCAAAGGGCGAGGGACAGCAUUUCUUUUCUGCUUGCUCUCAUCCUCCAAUCGAAA